AGAGGCAUACUGUAGAGAACACGCACUAUUCACGCUGCAGCCUUCCCCGUCUCAUCUAUAGACGGACCUCCCGCCCAAGUAGGAUAGCGCCGAGCAAUAUACCUCCCGACCCCUUAGGAACGUCACGUCACGUCACACAAGGCCGGAACGCUAUCGGAGGCACUGCGACUCCGGCAACAAACCUCUGUAAAAAGCAGGACGGCGCAUGCGGUGUCCACCCCAAUUGAUUACCUUUAAGAGUGGAUCAGCGGCUCCGCGUACCUUAUUCGCCUAUUCGUCUCUCCGGCCAAAGUGUGCCGAGCGCAUCACGUCGCAUCGCACCGCGGAUCAUUGCUGGGCCGCAAGCCGUCGCGACCGGUACAGCACGGGCUCCCCCCCUCAUUCUCCGUCCACUCUAGCAUCAAAAUCGCGUCUCCAACAAUUAGGUCGUCAAAUCGAGUUCGAGCAUGAAGUGCUUUGCUCGUCUUGCAAGCGCCUCGAGCCGUCGCCGCGCGACGCUGUCGAAACGGAAGCCACGGCAUCCCUGAGUCGCGCCGCAAUUCCAUCCAUGACUUGCAGGCUUGCAGCCAUUAUUGACGCCACCAAUCAAUUGGCUGCCCGUCAUCAUCAUUGCUUUUUUCGCCUUGUGCCCUUUUCGGCUGGUGGCGUAGCUGCCUGGUCCCCUUCCCUUCCGAGGUGCUACACCAACGACAUGGUCAAACAGCAGCAGAUAUGUACCACUACUAUGUUAACGCGGCCUGUAUAAAUAUAUACAGCAAAGGAGAGACCUAUCUACUUCACCUCAGAACCCUAGGAGUACGGUGCGGCGUUCGCUCCUGACAUCUGUUCAUUCUAGCUAAAGCGCCCACCCGUCGCCUGCAUCUGAUUUGUUAUUUUGCGCGAGAUGAAGGAACCACAGUUAAAAAAUUCUUAUAUGAAUGGACAUCC